UGGUAACUUCGAAUAAGGGACGGAGCGGCCACUGAAUGGCAAAGAUUUAUAGAGGUGAUGUAGAUAACAUGAGGUUAAAUUUACUUAUGCCCUUGGUUUUCUGCGGUCUGCUGCGUGUUAAUCUGGUGUUACUAGUACUGAUUUCAUGCAGUGCAGCCACAUCAACAGUGGUAGCUGGAGGAAAAACUGCUGCAUGAAUUGACAGAAAAGGACAGCAUUUGCAUAUAUGACAUAUACUACAAGAAUUUCUAGAGGAGACACUGUUUUCCCAGCACGUGGAUAUUUAUAGCCUUGAAAGUAACACAUGUGAAUAUAGACCUUACCUGAGGUAAUAUACCUAGCAUGUAAGACUGAAAGCUGAAGCAACAGUUAUCUACAAGUCUUUCUUGUGUUGGCACGCAAAGAUUUGGAUACGUAUUAAACGAUGUUUGUUGCAAAACAGGGUACAUGUAUAUUUUUACAAUGCAUGGAUUUUCAUACAUGCAGAAAAGUCUUUUUUGUAUAAAUUUCUCAACUUUCAUAGUAACUGCCAUAUUAGUUUUCAGCACAAAACCCUGAAAUACAAAUUCACAAAUUUAGAAUUCACAUGCACCCAGGUACAAGUAAAUAUGGCUGAAGCGGAAAAUAGAAUGCAGGGAGCAGAAAAAGAGACCUUGACAACAGCAAAUGCCAUGUAUCCACAGAUAUACUGGGGUUUGGAUCCCACUUCCCAGACUUUUUGUAAACUUUACAUCAGGGAUGUAUUGACUAUGACUGAGUAUUCUUCAGCUACCCCAGUUCAAGGGGUGUUUUCUUAUAUGAACCACCCUGUUAGUAAGGUGGAUUUGAUGGGUGUGAUUGUCAGGGUGGAGCAGAGGAGCAAGCAGUUUUUAUAUGCAAUUGACGAUAGCACUGGAGUCAUAAAUUGUUGCUGCUGGAAUCCAGAUCCAUUGACAGUAAAACAGUGCAUCAUUCCAGGUCUCAAAGAAAAAGUAGAAGAAACUGAAAAAAUCCAACAAUGUAAAGAGGAAGGAUUCAACCUGGGGGACCUCCUUCAUGUCAGAGGAAAAAUAAAGAUCUUCAGAGAACAACGAGAAAUAAUGGCUUCUUACUUUGCCAUUGAGAAAGAUCCAAAUGCGGAACUGAACCGAAUGCUGGAGGUGCAGGCCCUGCACCAGUUGUUUUAUGACAAGCCUUUCCAGUUGUCAAACAUAAUAAAAAACUGCAAUUCUCAUAAUCUUUCAUUGAUUCACCUCACAGCAAGUCUACAAGAUGGCCUCAUGAAAUUAUUCGAAGAAAGUAGAACUGUACAAUUCUGCAUGGCAGACUUGGAGACAUCUGAAGAUGUGAAAUCCCUAAUUGACCAAAAUGCACCAGAGCAAAGUGUUGCUUUAAACAAAAGGACCUUACUUGAUCAAGUUGUAAAUCAGCUGGAGGAAAGCGGUUUUCUAUUAAAACAUCAGAAAAAGCGAGAACACUACAGAGUGAUUAUGAAUGAUGUCCAACUUAUCAAAAUUGUGCUGAAUUUGCUGCAAAAAGAAUGUGCCAGAGAAAAAUAUGCAGAAAAGGGGUGCCAUUACCUACAUAUUUUGGGUGAGAUUAGGAAGGCAGAAGAGUACUGUAGUCUAAAUUCAAAUGCCAUCCUUAAGUGCCUUCAAAAAUUAGAAGAAGAAAGUAGAAUAAUCAGUACAACUGACAAACAUUUUGCCAGUGUAGAAUAAUCAGCAUUUGAAUUGAAAUUACACAA